ACACUAUAUCAAAUCAAUAUCGACAUUUCGCCGGCUCUAUUAAGAAAAUCGAUAAUUUUCAAUUGUUUGCUGAGAAUGUAGUCAUGUUUACACCAUAUGUUGUUGGCGAUCAGGUUCCUGUCUGCCGCGUAGGCUUCGGACUGCAUGUGGCCGCAUCCAUAUUGAAAAAUAUUCCUUUUUGUAGGAUUUUAGAUAUAAAGGAUUUCCGCUAUCAAUCAAACCUCGUCCUGCUGCAGCCCAGAGAAUGAUGACGUCAGAGGCAUGUCAGAGACAAUAGCGGCCGCCAAGAUCGACCGAGGAACGCAGUACGAGGAUAUAACUCUGUCAAGCGAUAUCCUAAACAACCAUAUUUCACAAAUAGAAGAUAAGGAUACAAGGAUAGUGUCAAACCAAGAAGGAACUAUAGGUGACGCUGAUGCUGAUAAAAGCACGCAGUGUGAGGAUAUUUCGGUCAGUUUACCCUGCUCCUUUGUUCUCGAUACAAUCGAGGAAGAAACAGUUACAACAGAUAGCAUUUCGAUCUGUAGUUCUGAAGACCCGGAAGACGCCGAAUUCCGCAGACAGGAACAGAUUUGCCUAAGUUUGUGCGCAGAACCAGAACAGGAAGGCGAACACGACAUUGAAAAGUUCCAUGUUCCAACUGUAGAUUGUCAAAACAAAGAGCGUAUUGUCCUUGCACCUGCUUUUGAAAACAAUAAUAAUACUGAAGAACUCUUUUUUAUAAAUAGACCUAAAAAUGAAGCCGAGUGUGAAGAUCGUCACCUUGACUCUGACGUUUUUGGACAUGAAGAUGACGGUUGCAUAAUUGACAAACUUGAUCCAAUUGAAGAACUGUCCGAGGUCGAUUCGUUGGAAUCAUUUUCAACGCACGAGAGCGAUUUAUCACGACACGCAGAUCGUUCACGUGAUUCAGGAAAAGUAGUAUUGGAGGAGUGCGCUGAGGACUUAUGUGGAACAUCGCGUAAUUCACAAACACGUGACUUGUCUACUGGUGUGCCUUCAGAAUUGGCAAACAAAGAACUUGCCUCAGCGAGCAUUGUUGAAUACUCGCUCGAUAGUUACCAAAAAGAAACCGGAGUUAUAACUGAAAUAUCGUUUGAAAAAGGUCCUAUAGACGAGACGCAUCUCUGUGUUGAAAACGAAUCACGAUCUCUUAGCUCGGUAAAUAGUUGUUGUUUGGACGAGACGGAAAUUUCACUUAACACCCUCCCCUUUAACUCUAGCGAGAGUCUCACACACGACACCCUCCCCUUACACUCUAGUGAAAGUCUCACAAUGGAAUGUGAAGAUAAUGUUAUGUCACCUAGCGAAGCCAGGUUGCCACCAGAGGGUGCAAAAACGGAACCUGAAAUGAAUGAUGCAGAUGCAGAUGAUACCCAUUCGGUGGAUUCGCUUGAAAUGAUAGAAACAGAGAAGCCUCCCUGGAAGGUGAUCGAUGAAACAUCGCAAGUAUCUCCCUCUGUGCACGAAGUCAAUGUUGCUGAGAGAGACGAUAAAAAUGAAUGUGUCAGCCAGUCAAGUUCGAGCGUUGCCGACAGCCUCGAUUCCGAUCAGGUUUUACUGAACGGCUCACGUCGAUCGUUGUCGAGCACAAGUGACGACGGUGGAAUCACGCCGAUUAAAAAAGAAUCCAAGCUCCCGAUUUUUAUCGACAAACAUCCAAAAUUUAAAGGUUCAAAUAUUCCGAAACCAAGGACAAUUCGGCCACAGCCUGCCCAAAUAAGCCCCCAAAGUUUGGAUUCCAAUAAAGAAACAUCAUAUAUAAGUGCUGGUGCAUGUACGACCAACAUAACUAACGAACAUUUGAAUCAUGACGUCACUCAUAAUGAGAAGCCAAAAUCACGUGCACCAUCUGCCUCACCAAAACAACGAAGAAAAAGCUUAACCGGAGGUGAUGUGAUAAAAGAAACGGCGACGAAAGCGAAUCUUCGGACGCGCCAACAUACAAACGAUCUGGGGGACAUGCGACCCACCAAAGAGCCCUCUAUUGAGCCACGUGAGACCCUGGCAAGCAGAAAACGAAUCGCAGCAAUCCAGAACAUCAAUCACUUGGAGCAAAAGGAGACGUCUGAUGACUAUUUGACGCCAUUUCAACGCAAGGAACAGACGAUUAAGGAGCUGAAACACGAAUUAAAGGAGAUCCAAAAAGAAUUGGCAGAACGGGACAUCCAGCUGCAGCUAUUCGAUGUUGAAAAGGAGAGAGACCUCGGUCUGCUAACCAAAGAAAAGGAUGACAUCAUUGAUGCUUUAACCAAGAAGUACGAACGCCUCCUGGAGUCUUUCAACGAACUACAAACCUCCCAUGAAGACGUUCUUCGAUUGGCGAAUGAUCUGGAGUUAAAGGUGCACAGUCUAAAGGAGGAGAUGACACAAAGAGAGGCAAGACAUCAAGAAAUGUAUCUAGAGAUGUACAACAAGGGAAUGAAUUCAGCCAAGUUUGAACGAUUAGACGAGCUUGAAAAGAUAGCAAAAGAUGAACCAGACAAAGUGACCGUCAAGGAACUUUUAGAGAAGCUGAAAAUAACCGAGGCGGAACUGGGAUACUGGCAGAGUCUGAAGCGUCGCGACAUCUAUGCCGAGUCGGAAAAACCCGAAACCGAAGCGGCUGCAACACUGCGCUUCCUGAAGGACAGCAUGUUCCAUUAUGUCACGGACCCGAAGGAAUCCGAGUCGCACUUCCGAGCGAUGAUUCAAAUCUUCGGCUACACGCCGGUGCAGAUGAAGAGCAUUGAGAAGAUCAUGUCGGGUGAUAAGAAACCCAAGAAGACGUUCACAAAGGCUAAAUCUGUUGAACGCAAGAAUAGUAAGUGAGGUUGAGAGUGGCAAUUAAAAUCCGAUGAUUGUACUGCCAAUUUCAUAUGCAUUUCAAUACGUGAUAAUCAUAUCCGCUUGAUAUUCUCUUGAUCAAAACGUACCUUUGUAUUGACCAGAAGCCUGCACAACUCUAAAGGCAUAGAAUGUUUACCUUGUCCGGUAUGGCGAGAAAAACGUUUACCAUAAACGUUCGUCUGAUUUUUCUCGGGCCAGGCAAUACCUAUUUGGUACAUGUACAUGAUGGUUUAGGCUGUAUAGCUUAGUGCAACAUAUUCAUUUCGGGUGAUUAACCCUCCUUAAUGUUUGUCGUAUGUUGAAAAUGUGUGUCUGCAACCAAAGCUCGGACCGAUGGACGAAUUCGAAGAAGAAGAAUCAGUGCCAAAACAAAUCAAAUGCGCACACUCAGAACACGUCAAAAGGCCAAGGCCGACCUCGGACAAUGCCUAGAGACACGGCGAUCCUUCGUUCAAGGUGAAACGCAUGCCUGGUCAUCGUUUAUUCAGAUAGGUAGUGGUCUCAGUAGGUGCCCCGGCCGCCCCUCCCCUCCCCCUGUCAUCCGUCGGGACUGUGUUUUCCAGUGAAAGAGGGUCAUUCGGCUGGCGAACAAUAUCUUUCUUACGCAAUUUUCUGAUUUCAGACUUCGCCGGCUCAAUUGCAGAAUCCCUGACAAAUUUUUAAAAAACGUUGAUCACUGCCAAAUGGUUGUAUGGCUAACCCUUCCCAAAACCCUUCCAUGAAACAUUUGUCAGGGAUUCCACGAUCAAUUUAGUCCUAUAUCGGUUUGUCCGUGGCUGUGUUGCCUUGGGUUCACGAUGUAGCCUGUGGGGUCAUCACUCUCCAUUGGCUGCGUUAUAACGACGUCGUGUGUUUAAAUUUUACUGAGGUGUCGAGUUCCUUCUUCUUCUUCUUAGCGUUCGAUUUACUAUUUAUGGCUAUAGGCGCCUAUAUCAUAAAGCAUGAUAUAGUUCCAUUAGUGCUA